AGAUGGUAAUACGGUCCUCUACCGCGGUUGGCGAGGGCGCCACGGCCACGGCCUGCAGGGUGACCGACGCAAAGAAAAUAUUUGUGGCGAUGGCCCGCCGUCGACGGCCCAACGUUGUACAGCGUACGUUCUACGCGGGAUGCAGGCGUGCAAACUGCAAAGACACAGACGUGGAUUGUCGAAAAAUCUAUUAACGGACUUACCGGAGUGCACUAUUCCCGAAAAUUCGCGACGGAAAAAAUAUUGAUAAGCCGACCGCGGUGAAGAUAAGAAUGCUGUGACAUCGUGUUCAAUAGGUGCGAGGAAAUACCGAUUUAUUGUUUACCGUCUCAGCGUGACCGACGUCCGCCCUCCGAGCUCCGCGUAAGAAGUAGUAAAGACGUCCGUGUGUCCGACCUAGCGCGUUUUCACCAUCCCGUCGUUUUACAAGUGCACCUAUUGAUCGAGGAGUUUUGGUUUUUCGCGGCUAUUAUUAUUUACUAACCUCCGUUGUUUUUAAUUUCAUCGGAACGGACAACGUUGAAGCCUGCGCUGCGUGAGCUCAAGUCUAUCAGAAAAGUAGCCGACUUGGUUGAUUACAAUGUUUAAAUCUAGAAACACUGGCUUUACAAACAAAUCAGAUCAAGAUGACAAGGCCGUUGUAAAUGCCAUGCUUAAAAAAGCUAAUAAAAACCAAACUAAAAAACCUAGAUUGUAUUUACGUGAUCCAUCAGCUCCAAAACCUCCAAAUUCUGGGUACGUACGGUUUUUAAAUGAUAGACGUGUGCAAUUAUCUUCAGAAAAUCAUAAUUUAUCAUUUUCUGAAAUAACCAGAGUAUUAGCUGCUGAAUGGAACCAGUUGCCAUCAGAUAAAAAACAACCAUAUAUUUUAGCCGCUGAACAAGAACGAGUAAAAUACCUUGAAGAAUUAGCCGCUUAUAAGAAAACUGACACAUACAGAAAAUUUAUUAUUGGAAAAUUGAAAAAAAAAGAAUUAUUUUCUGCUAUCCAAAAUGAUCAAGAAUUAAAUAAAGAAAAACCACCUACUGAAAACAAGGUUAAAAAGGAUCAAGAAUUAAAUAAAGAAAAACCACCUACUGAAAACAAGGUUAAAAAGGAUCAAAAAUUGAAAAAAGAAAAUACAUCUAGUGAAAACAGUGAUGCAGCUCAUGACAUACCUAUUUUUACUGAAGAAUUUUUAAACUUCAAUAAAGCUAGAGAAACUGAAUUAAGAAACCUUCGUAAAAAUGUAACGGAUCAAGAACAAGAAGUAUGUGUCUUGGAUAAACAUAUUGAAAACAUGCUAGAUGGUACUACCAAAUUAAAAGCUUACACUGAAAAACUCGAAGCUAGAUAUUCAAAAUAUGAGCAGUAUUUAAAUAAAUUACGAUCUAUAUUGUUAGAUGCUUUUGCUAACACUGAAUUUAUGGAUGAUACUGAGGUACCUACCUAUGAGACUAUUGAUGCAUACAUGGUUAAUUUAUUCACUGGUCUAAAAAAUGGUACUGACACUGAUUCUUCCAAGAUUGCAAAAGUGAUAAAAGCUAUUUCUUAUUUAGAUUCUUCACAGUAUCCUACAGAAGAUGAUAACAAAUAUGAAAUUAUUGAAGAAAUACUGGAUAAGUUGGAACAGAAAAAUCCAAUUUCUAGUCUUAAAGAAAAUCAUAACAAGGAAUUUCCACAAUUAUUCCAAAAAGCAACAAAAGCAUGCUCAAACACAAAAGUUCUGCAGAAACAUGUAGAAUGUAAUAUAUCCAAUACCACCAAUGAAGAACAAAUACAUCAGUUGGUACAAGAAGCAGCUCAGGAAUGUUCAAACCUAGAUAUGAGUAACAUGCAGAUUAACGAGGAACUUAUUGAAUCUAAUACAAUUGAAAAAGAAGAUUUGCUUCAGUUGACAGAGAAAGUGGCUCAAAAAUGUUCAAAUUUAAAAGGACCAUAUGUCAACGAUAAUUCUAGUGCAUCUACUACAACUGAUGAGAAGAAUGUACCAGUUGAUACAAGAAGUAGCCAAGGAAUGUAGAAGACUGACCGCUGCUGGAACCCAAUGAAUUUAUUUAAAAUGUU